GGAGCGGGAGGAGGAGGAGUGGCAGGCGGACGCGCAGGAGGAGGAGGGGGAGUCGUCUGAGGAGGACACGGCCGAGGAUACCUCUACGCCGGCUGUUUGGUUACGAGGUCCUUCGCGAUUCCCAGAUAGGCCGAUACCUGUUGCCUUGCGCCCGCUGAUUCGACCGAGCGGGGAUAUGAGUUGGACUGUCCUCAGUGGCGGUGCUCACAAACACAAGGUCAACGACAUCCUGGGUCUUUUGUGCAGGGAGCACUUCCCAGGCCUGGUCCACUAUCAAGGACGGUACGAGCCGGCCUGGAUGUGGGACCACUACAUCGCCGCCAACAACGAUCAGUUGGAUCGGAGCGGCAGAGCCUUUGAGAACAAGGCGGAGCGGGUAAAGGCCGAGCUCUGGUGUGACGAGGGAUACGAGGAGCGGGCGGCGAUUGUGGCUCACAAUCGAUGCGUUAAACUCGUGAAGGACAUGCAUUAUGAGGCGCAAGUCCAGUGCGUCAUCAACUAUUGUGCACAUUUCCUAAAGCAGAAGAUCGGGAAGACUGAGGCGAGUGAUUUGAAGCUGACCCGAGAGCAAUAUUUACAGGUUCCUGCGUGGUGGUGUCGUAAUGACACCGUGUGCUGGGAGCGCAUAGUGGACAAGUGGUUCAACCCCGAGUGGCAGGCUUUGCAUGACGCUGGCCGGCAGUGGCGAUUGCUGAUGCCAGGUCCAGCGCACCAUCAAGGCAGCCUCAACAACGACGAGUACAGGGCUAGAUGGGUACACACUACACAGACUUAUUUCUCUAAUCUAACAUUCAAUUCAGCAUAAUUUGUAAUCAACUUCUUCCUUUUUCGCAGUCGUCCUCACAUGAAGGCUAGGAGUGCAACCCGUUCGUGCGAUGAGCUCUGGCCCGCAAGGGCAAGGCGACAUCCAACGUCACCUACAACCCUGACGACCCGCCCUCGGCAUACAGCAACCCGUCCGUCCACAGUCGUAUCCAGGCAUACACAGAGAUGGGAAGACAGGUCCAUAGGCCAGACUGGGAUCCGAGGACCCAGCCCCUUGAUGGAGAAGUCAUUAUGAGGGUGGGAGGAGGCAAGAAACAUGGGUGCUACUACAUUGGCGAUUGCCUUGUAGACAUGGCCAGCAUUCCCACCCUCUCCCAGAUUCGAGCGAGGAGCACGACCAAUAGCCCGGCCAUAUGCCCACGGCUGUCCGCGUCGCAGCUCCAAGUGCAGGAAAUUCAGAUUAUUUCUUAUUUAUUCAUAGUUCGUUCAUUUUGUACAUAUAUUUGAUUUGCAUUGUAACAUUGUCAUUAAAUAUUGUAGAACCAAAUGCUAGCGCAAAAGGCGGCGUACGAGGCGGCGUUGGCCGAAGAGAGGAGAUUACGAGAAGAGAACGAGCAGAAGCAGGCGGCCGAGAUGGCCCAGAUGUACAACUACAUUCGAAGUCUUUCUGUCCAAAUGGGUAAUCCCAUCCCAGUCUUCCCUGUGGUUCCUGCUCCUAUUACUCCUCCGAAUCUAUCGGCGGCAUCGAAUACGCCAGACUUGUCGCCGGGCAUCUCACCGACGCUCCCACAGCAGUUGUUCCCACCUCAGUUCGGCGGCCCACCACCGUUCGACGGCCCACCGCAGCCAUAAACUAGUUUAUUUCAAUAUUUAUGGACUUGUGAACUUCUAGAUAUGUAUUUGUGAACUUCUGGAUAUGUUGUGAACUUGCAGGACUUUGCAUUGGACUUCUGGAUGUGUUUGAAGUUAUUUGUGGCUAGUUGUGA